AUGCUUCUUCUUCUACUAUUCUCUUUUGGGUGCUCCAUCUUGGAACCUACCUUGUAUCAUGUAUACACUUUAUAUCUAUUCACCUUGACUGACUACAAGACCAUUUUUAUUCCGAUUACGGUUUUCGCCUGCUCUACAGCUCCCAUACAUUCGAUCUCCAAUCUUUUCCAUGGAAGCACAUGGAUAUGGAUGCACCUACUGAUGUGUAAUGUCUCGAAUCAACUGAGAGGGGAGCAGGAAGACGCCGUGAAUCGACCAUGGAGACCACUGCCGUCGACCCGGAUGACCAAGAGGCAAGCCACGACGCUCCGGUGGGCUAUGGUGGUGUUAUGCCUGCUCUACUCUUCCGCCUAUGGUCACCGAUUAGCAUACGUUACUGUCGGCCUUUUCAUCACAACAUACGUAUACGACGAUCUAGGGUUCUCUCAGAGUCCGCUCGGAAAAAGCUUUUGUAACGUUGGUGGUUAUGCGACUUUCGAGAUCGGCGCCACAAAGAUCAUGGGUGCAGAACACGAGCUAGACACUACCUCACUUGCGUCCGUCUUUCUUAGCGGCAUGGUGAUAUUUACUACUAUCCAAGUACAGGACUAUCCCGACAUCGAAGGCGACACAGCGUCUGGUCGGGUCACCUUUCCAAUUUAUGCACCCGAGUUCUCGCGAUUAUUCACUCUGUCAUCGAUCAUUAUCUGGUCCUUCGCCUUGUCAUGGUUCUGGGAUAUCGGCAUCCUGAGUCAGUGCUUUCUCGCAGGAUUGGGAGUAUACGUCGGUGCUCGUUACUAUCUCCAUCGGACACCAAUCGCGGAUAAAAAAUCAUACAAGCUCUUCAACGUUUGGCUGGUGCUGAUACAUCUUCUUCCACUCCACGCCCGCAUCCGUGUGUUUCUCUAUUAG